AUGAGAUUCAGCUAUGUAUUGAACGCCGCAUUGGCUGUUCCCUGCGUGACAGCUCUUGCCGUCGCUAGAGAUGCAGCUCCCCCGGGCCCUCCAGCUCCGCCUGGUCCACCUGCUUGUCCACCCACCACCCGCAGUCCUCCCAGUAACCCCCCUCCUCCACCACCUCCUGCUCCGCCUGCAAAGGUUGUUGCAGGUCCCAACUCUGUCAACCUCAAUGGAGGUUCCGUCGAAGGUUUCGCAGAUGCAAGCGGCAACUCUGUCUUCUUGGGCAUUCCCUUUGCCGAAACAACCGGUGGACAAAACAGAUGGAAGGCACCUAUUCCCAAGGGCCCGCUGAAGCCAGGACAAGUUCUGAACGCUACUGCCUAUGGUCCUACUUGCCCCCAGGCGAUCAGCAACACUCCUUACAGCCGUCAGGAUGAGGAUUGCUUGAACCUCAAUGUCUGGGCUCCUGCCAAUGCUGCCGGCAAGAACCUGCCCGUCUUCGUAUACAUGUACGGCGGUGCUAUGGUCACCGGAUCCAGCAGUAACGUCCAGUUCCAGGGAAACAACUUUGCACGCAAGGACGUGAUUUUCGUCAGCUUCAACACCAGAGAAAGCAUCUUCGCCUACCCUAACUCUGCCGAAUUGGGCAAGGAUGGCUCCCAGAACUUUGGUAUCCUCGAUGUGCAGCAAGCGCUUGAAUGGAUUCACCAGAACAUUGCUGCCUUUGGCGGUAACCCUGAUCACAUUGUGUUCGGUGGACACUCCUCUGGCUCGGUUCAGGUUGAUCAUUACCUCUGGAACAACCCUGAGUCAUGGCUCGUCGGUGCUGUCGAGAUGAGUGCUAACGCCGAGUCUGGUCCCGCCAUUACUCCCCUUAACCAAGGUCUUGACAUUGUUGCCAAGGACGUCGGUUGCGGUACUGGUGCUGGUCAGCUCGACUGUCUUCGCACCAAGAGCAUCUACGACAUUGAGACUGCCAAUUGGAACUCGACCUACAACACAUGGUUCUCUCCCAUCAUUGACGAGGUCACUCGUUUCUCUGAUUACGCCGGUCGCUUCGCUGCUGGUGAGUACGCUUCUCACGUUCCCCUCUUGACCGGUAACUCCGAUGGCGAGGGUGUGAUUUUCGGUCUUGUCUACGGCGGCGAGAACACCGACUUCAGCUCCUGGAUCAACACGUUCGAUGCUGAUGUCGCUCACAUCCCUGACGCCGAGCUGAUUGCCGCCUACAACGUCUCCGACUACGCAUCCGUGUCUGCCAUGAGCGGCCAACAGUACGGAGAUGCCCGUUUCUUCUGCCCUGUGGAUUACCUUCUCGAUCUCCGCAGUGCUAAGCAAAACACCUGGGCCUACCGUUUCUUCGGCGAGUACUGCAAUGUCGUCGGCUGCAUCGUUGGUUCUCCCACCCACGGAACCGAGAUUCCAUUCUUCCUUGGUGGCAACGAGUGUUUCUCGGCUCUGACCAACGUCACCACAGCUCAACAAGCUCUCGCUGACUCCAUGAACGACUGGUUUGUUCAAUGGAUCAAGAACCCCGCUGCUGGACCUGGCUGGGCUCAAGUCAAGCCCAAGAGCGGAACUCUUGCCAAGCUCGGUGUUCCUGGUGAUGAGCUUUCGAUUGAGAUUGGUCAGACUGGUGAUUACAAUGGUCGUUGCCAGUCUGUCUACGACCCUCUGCAGCCCAAGUACCCUGUUCUUAACAGCGUUAAGGCUCUGUAA